ACUAGUUUUUUCACAACAUUCGCAGUAGCGUACUGUAGGGAAUAUCAGAAAAAAAACUUAUUACCGAAUUCCAUUUAAAAUCAUCUUUUAAAUACGAAUUCUGUUUUAAUUUGAGAAAUUAAAAGAAAAAAAAACAUUUCAAGAACAUGAAUUCUAUUUAUAAGAGAAGCACUAUCUUUGUACGACCAAUAAUAAAUAAAGCAAUAUCGAGCAGUUGUAUUAAUAAUAAAAGUCAGAAAACAGAUUUUGACAAUAUUAUUAAUCCUGAAGGUCACGAACCUUCAAUUCCUCCUUAUGUAGAGCGGGAGGGUGAAAAUUUAACUUUGAAAAAAUCUCGAUUACUGUAUCAAUCACGUAAACGAGGAAUGUUGGAAAAUGGCCUUUUACUGAGUACAUUUGCUAAAAAAUAUUUAGAUUCAUUUGACGAGAAUCAAGUGAAAUUGUACGAUCGUUUAAUAAAUUUACCAUCCAACGAUUGGGAUAUUUUUCAUUGGGCAACAAAUAUUAAACCAACGCCACCUGAAUUUGACAAUGAAAUCAUGGAUCUUCUCAAAAAACAUAUUAAAAACGAAAAUCGAGAGGCAAGAAUAACGCAACCAGAUUUAUAAUUAGACAUAAAAAUAAAAGAAAUCAAUUUAAUUGACUGUAAAUUUUAGUAAUUCUUAUUAAUUAUUUAUUAUUAUUAUUGUUAUUAAAUAAAUUAUAUUAAAUAAA